AUGGUCCCAGAAUCUUCAAACAUGGCCAUUUCAAAAGCUAUCAAGGGCGCUACUAAACCAAAAGAAGCCCCGCCAAAAGAUAAGUACCUCUAUGCUAUCCGAAACUAUCUUGCAACAAGCUCUUCAUCAUCAUCACCAUCAUCACCAUCAUCAACAUCAUCAUCUGCUGAAGCCCCCUAUGCAAACAUCGCCAGAUUGCUCAUCCCAAAACUUAACUCGCCUUCCAUGACUGUUUCUCUCAAGGCACAUCUCGUCUUUCACCAACUUCUUUCUGACGCAAAUGCACCCAAAUAUGUCUUUCUAUCCUUCCUCGCACGUACAUACUCAACAGCUAACCGUUCCAGUGUCGACUGUACCGCUUUCGAUAUCCUCGCAGACUAUCGUGCCUUUCAAACUAAACCAGCACUCCCAAACCUCGCAAAGGCCUUACCUCAAGCAUCCGCUCACAAUAGAUUACUCUCCGCUUACAACAGAUACCUACGUGAACGAAUUCUUCACUUUAAAUUCCUUAAUCUUGACCUCAUUAGAGAAAAAGUCGACCAAUCUUCCCUCGUCGAUACCGCCCAACGCCAUCGCCUACACCUCCCAGAAACUGCAGGCCAUCUACUCAACCAAAUCCAAUGCGCUAUCCAACAAAUGCGACUGCUUCUAGCAUGUAUUUUCUCUGAUACUGAUCUCAAUCAUCCUCUCUAUUCAUACUGCUACGGCCUUGCCGCCCUCGACCUCUCCAUUCUCUUCCGCUUUGUAAACCUGGCGCUGGUCGCCGCUCUUCAAAACUUCUUCUCGCUCCCAAGAGACUGCGCUGAGCGCACUCUCUUUGCAUACAAGGAGUACACCCAAUUAAAGCUCAUUGAUGAUGUCUUGACUUUUGUUAAUCUCGGACCAAAUGCAAUUUCUCCUAAAGAUCUUGAUCUCCCAGGACCUCUUCGUCAAGAUGCUCUUGCCAUCAAACAACUCACCAAAAGUCUCGAAGACUUUCUCUACGACCCUCGUCAAUCAAAACCAAAAAAUCUUUCCAACGAAGACGAUGACUCCCAUUCUGUCUUCUCCAAAAGUGCGUCAUCUUCUACAAUCUCUUCCUCAGUAGCCUCUACCCCGGCAUCUUCAAUGUCUUCCGUCAAGUAUAAUGACUCCUCUAGUCACUACUCAAACCUUAAGGUCCACCAUAACAACCACCACCAUCACCAACAACAGCUACAACAACCAAUCCCUUCAGACUCCUCUCCUGCUGCUGUCUCACUUCUCGCUACCCCUUCAGGCCUAUCUGCUCAAACCCUUACUCCUGCGUCCCCUUCUUCCUCUUUUGCUUCUCCCUCCGCCCGUAACAGUGUCCCGUCUCCGAUCCCGUCCCCAGCACCUCCCUUUGCCGCUGGUGCUUCCUACUCACCCUUGGUGUCUUCUAACCCUUAUACAAAUCCAACCAACUAUGAUUCACCCGUGGCUACCGUCUCCAAAAUCCCCGGCCUUUCACCAGAAACAAUUGCAGCGGCAAUUGGUGCCGCAAAUACCUCUGUAGCUUCAGGAUUCCAAGCACCGGCUCAGGAGUCCCUCAAUAGUACCCCUCCAACCGACCUCUACUACCCUGUCAAAAAACCUCAACACUCAUCAAACUCAUCCAAUGUCUCCGGAUUUUCAACAAUCUCAAUUAACUCCGUCUCAGGCAUCUCUGGAGUUCCUGCAAAUAUCAAAAUCCACCAUGGCCCGUUACUUUCUCCCAUCAUUGGCUCUCCCACUUGCGCAUCCACUCCAACCGCUGCUGCUCCGUUGUCUCCUCUGGUCCCAUCAAGCCUCAAUAACGCUGAGCUCCCAUCCUCGCUCUCUUCCUCUUGUAGCACAAGUAGCGAUAGAAGCUCCGCUACAAUCACCACCGCAAACACCUCCGCUGCAAGUUUCUCAGGGCCUCCUCCGGCUGCCGCGUUACCCCCGCGACCGCACUUGGACGCUUCUCCUACUACGCCGGUGCCGCCUUCCGCGUCAACCAAAACGCUCAGCUCCUUUGCAACACUUGCCGACUCUUCCCUACGUGGGACGGCUCCCGCAACACCAACAACACCCACUGCCAGACAGCCAUCGACAGUCCAAAAUAGAUCAAAGCCUGGUGUCACGUUGGAAAUGACAACAAAUUCUCCAAAUUCUCCCUCGCCGUUAGUGCCUCCCCCCCGCAGACAGCCACAGCAGCAGCCACAGCCGCAGAAACUACCCACAUGGGAUCACAAGGCUCUUCCUGAAGCACCCAGAAGGGAACCCUUAAAAAGUACUAAAACUCUUCCACGCAAACUCUCGCAGAAUAACCACCAAACACCCAAAAAUAGAGACCCAGAUCUUCCUCCAGACUUUGAUCCAGAUGACCCAUCAAUGGAAAAUUGGCAGAAAUUGUUCGACACUCUUGACAACCCGGAGGCCACUUUUUCUCUCAAGUUUGAUUUACAGGCUGCUCUUCAGCGUUCUAUUGAAUACAAUAACAAACUCUCUUCAUUACAAUCGCAGCUAGGCUCCGAGGCUUCUGGCAAACCCUCCAAUAGCACCCCGCAAACACCUACUACUCCAAUGUAUGCAGCUGCUGUUCUUGGACGCAAUGACUCCGAAACAAGUCAUGACAGAUAUACAAAUGAGUUCCGAACAGCUCUCAUGCAACCCAGAACUGCACCGGCUUCUGCUCCUGAAGCAGACCCUAACACUGCCUACGCGUAUUCCUACGCCGCGUACGGCCGCGCUCCAGGCGACGCGCAUAAUCACUUGGGUCCUGGCGGAGCCUUAAAGAAAAAGGCGUCUGGGUUUUUGAAACCUUUCCGCAAAGCUUCCACUUAA